ACAGUUUGAUCGCGGCGAUCGCUGGCGUUUGCCCGGGUGUGUGGAGUACUGGACGUCUUAAUAGCAAUCCGAGCAAAAGGAUGGCAUCCGAGUUGGCAAUCAACAACGCCGACCUACCCAACAGUCCCCUUGCGAUGGAAUAUGUUAAUGACUUCGAUCUGAUGAAAUUCGAAGUCAAAAAGGAACCGGUCGACUCGGAAGGCAAUCCGGGUAGCCACUGCAACCGUAUCGGGGGUUCGCUAUCUUCUACUCCAAUGAGCACCCCGUGCAGUUCCGUGCCCCCGUCCCCCAGCUUCAGCGCCCCGAGCCCAGGAGAGCAGAAGGCGGCGCACCUGGAAGACUUUUACUGGAUGACCAACUACCAGCAGCUGAACCCGGACGCUCUGAGCUUCACGCCGGAGGAUGCGGUCGAGGCCCUGAUCAACAGCGCCCAUCAGCAGAUGCAAGCCGGCUUCGAGGGCUACAGGAGCCAGCAGCAGCAGCAGCAGCAGCAGCAGCACUAUGCACCGGCGGCCGGAGCGGGCAUGGCCGGCGACGAGAUGCCUCCGGCCGGCACCGUGGUGGCCCAUCACCAGCACCAGCACCAUCACCAUCAUCACCACCAGGGGCACCAGCACCCAGGGGGAGGAGUGGCCGCCGUGGGCACCCCCAACCCCGGCACCGGCGGCGGCGGCGGCAUGCACCAGCACCCGCACCUGCGGAACGACGAGCGCUUCUCGGACGACCAGCUGGUCACCAUGUCGGUGAGGGAGCUGAACCGCCAGCUCCGGGGAGUCAGCAAGGAGGAGGUCAUCCGGCUGAAGCAGAAACGCCGGACCCUGAAGAACCGGGGCUACGCUCAGUCCUGCCGCUUCAAGCGGGUGCAGCAGCGGCACAUGUUGGAGAGCGAGAAGACACAACUCCAGCAGCAAGUCGAACACUUAAAACAGGAGAUAAGCAGACUUGUCCGGGAGAGGGACGCCUACAAGGAGAAGUACGAGAAACUAGUGACCAGCGGCUUCAGAGAAACGGGAUCCUCCAGUGACAACCCUUCCUCUCCGGAGUUCUUCAUGCUUAACACAGCAAAUGAUGUCAAUGCAGCAGCAAAGAAUGGACAAUACAACCUGAAAGAGGCUAAACAAAUGCUCAGUUACAGAAAACAUGAUGCUGGAAUGCUGAUUGCUUAGAUCGAAACUUUCCCUGCGGCUUAGUGACCGCCAUAAAGCACAAAACCUCAGAG